CGGAAAGAAACGCUACUGGAAGAUCGGGGGACGAUCUCAGUAUACUCAAGCCCACCAGCUUUACCAGUACUUCAAAUGGCUAGCAUGCUGAAGAACAGCGCCAUCGUACGAUUUCACUGUUUACUUAUACCAGCACGCAGCUAUACGUGGUAAUCUUGCGUCUAAAUAUGAGUGUUCAUGUCUAUGGCUCCAGGAUAUUAUGGAGCGUGAGUAGAACGAGUCUACACAGUCAAUCACAACCGCACACCUCUAGCACCUCGACCACAUAUGCGUGUGAAAACGAGACUUUGUUUGGCCCCCAUGUCCUCCCAGGCAGGGCUCAUCGCAAGUCUCGUUAAUCCGCGAUCUACGAUAUACCGAUGCAGUUCUCUCUGACAGCCGCUCCCCACAACUCGCACGCGACCGUGGGCCCCGCCCCCUACGUUAUCGUGCUCUUCUCAUGACAGUGGCAUGGUCCAGCCUCGCUGCAGGCAGUCGUGUUCUCUCCACCAUCGUUGUAUGGGAGACUGUGGGCGUCUCCAGAACGAGUGCCCGAUGCCAGGAAGGUGUCGCUCACCGUGGAGGACAGGAUGUCCAAAAACCGAUUAGGCACUGACGACCGGGAAAGUCCCGCUCAGGAAUUGCAGCCGUAUAUAUACUAACUUCUUCACAUCUUCAACGUCACCAAUAUAAUAAGCAUUUGAU